AUGUACUCCGCCGUUGCACCACCACCUCCACCGCUUUCUCCCGUCGACACCCUUCACCAAACCACCACCCUCCUCUCCACAAUACUCCAGGCGUCGUCCUCCGUCAACUCCUUCACCGCCCGUUGGCAAGUUAUCCGUUCAAAGCUUGUCGUUCUCAGCUCUUCAUUAUCAAGCAUUUCCGAUUCGACUCACUGGUCGGAAAAUCAUAUCCUCCAGACGUUACUCCCGGACCUCUUAUCCACCCUCCGCCGUAUCCAAACCCUAUGCGACCAAUGCACCGAUUUCAGUUACAAAGCUGGGAAGCUCCUUAUGCAGAGUGACCUCGACAUGGCAACCGGUUGGCUAUCUAAGCAGCUUCAAGACCUUGAUUUGCUCAUCCGCUCCGGCGUCCUCUGUCAUUCAACUGCGAUUGUCCUCUCGCAACCCGCACCUGGAUCUUCUUCAGAAGAUUUAGGUUUUUUCGUUAGAGACGUUUUCACUAGAUUGCAGAUUGGGGGAGUGGAGUUUAAGAGAAAGGCAAUGGAAUGUCUUGUGCAAUUACUUAUCGAAGAUGAAAAGGCUGUUAAAGUGGUUGCGAAUGAAGGUAAUAUAAGGUAUUUGAUUCAGCUUCUUGAUGUUAACGAUCUUAGUGAACAAGCGGUGUCUGCCGUAUCGAUUCUCGCCUGCGCAAGCGAAGAAUCUAGAAAAACGGUUUUCGAGGAAGGUGGAUUAGGGCCGUUGUUGAGGAUUCUGGAAUUUGGUUCUGUUCAAUUGAAAGAAAAGGCGUCCAUUGCCGUUGAAGCAAUCACCGGCGAUGUUGAUAAUGCGUGGGCUAUUACGGCGUACGGCGGUGUUCCGAUACUACUUGAUGUCUGUAGAUCUGGAUCGUUAACUGCGCAAUCACACGCAAUCGGCGCUAUUAUGAACGUAGCGUCAGUUGAAGACGUUCGUGUUUAUUUAUGCGAAGAAUCUGCGGUUGCGGUGAUGGUUCAGCUACUUGUUUCCGGCUCCGCCGCUUCACAAGAAAAAUCGGCUAACUGUAUUGCGAUUGUCGCUUCAUCGAGCAAGUAUUUCAGGAGCUUGUUGAUACAAGAGAAAGGAUUGGAAAGCCUUUUACAUUUGCUUCACAGAUCAUCAAAUCCAGAUACAUUAGAGUACGUAUUACGUUCAAUUCACUCACUCUCCACUUCCGAUUCUGUUUCCCGGUUAUUAUCCUCAUCAUCGUUGUUCAUAACACAAAUCGCCGAAUUCAUCGAGCAAGGAAAUCCAACUCUACAACAAAUAUCAACUUCAAUAUUAGCUAAUUUGUGUAUUACCGAUUCUAACAAGCGUGGAAUCGCCGGAUGCAUGGGACCUCUAGUGAAGCUUAUGGAAUCGGCUAAACCGGUAGGGUUACAAGAGGCAGCAAUGCAAGCAUUAACUUCUCUGUUGUCGGUGAAACAAAAUCGAAGCUUUUUUGCGAGAGAUGAGAAGAGCAUGAUGAGGCUAGUUCAUAUGUUGGAUCCGUUGACUGAAUCGGUUCCGAAAAAGUUUCCGGUGGCGGUUGUUUAUACAUUGAUGACCGACGGAAGCAACACCUGCCGGCGGAAGCUAAUGGAAGCCGAAGUUGGAAGGAGUAGAAACCUAAAUCGAACUUCCUCCCAAGGGGCUUGUUUGGACUCAUCUAGCUCUUGCGGAAGUUCACACGGUAACAAAUCACAGUUAACUAGUUAUACACAUGGGUGAAUAUCUACCAUAAAUAUACAUUAUAGUAUUAUACUACUACAUGUAUUUUAAUAGAAUAAAAAAUAUAUAAAAUGUAAAUUUUGGUCACGAGUUUUAGAUAGGAUAUUCAUUUUUCAUUUUUUUUUUGGAAGAGGGUUGUUACUUCUUUUUUACUUUAAUAAUGAUUAACUUGUUCUAGAUGACA